GGUGCCUGCACUGACGCAGUGGGUGCAGAGUGCCAGCCGGGGCCCCGUAGUGGAUUCCACUUAGAUUUUGGAGGGUUUGACUGCAUGGUGCCAUAAGUCUCUGGGAACACGAAUUUAACAUACCACUGACUGAAAGCCUGGUCUCCUCCUUCCCUUCACUUCUCACCCAAACUCCUGCAUGUCUAAUUUUUAGACAUGUUCAGCUUUGUGGACUCAAGGACUGUUCUGCUACUUGUAGCAUCCCAAGUUGUUUUACUAUCCAUGGUCAGAUGUCAGGAGGAGGAUGACCAGGAGAUAGGGGGCUGCAUCCAGGAUAGCCAGCUGUAUAAUGAUAAGGAUGUGUGGAAGCCAGAGCCGUGUCGUAUCUGUGUGUGUGACAGCGGAGCGGUUCUGUGUGAUGAGAUAAUCUGCGAGGAGAUCAAAGAGUGUGCCAACCCUAUCAUCCCAUCUGGAGAGUGCUGUCCCAUCUGCCCUGCUGAUGCCAGUUCCCCCAUUGAGACAAUUGGGGCUAAGGGUCAGAAAGGAGAACCAGGAGAGAUUGCAGAUGUCAUAGGACCAAGAGGACCACAAGGGCCUAUGGGCCCCCCAGGUGAGCAGGGACCACGAGGAGAAGCUGGCGCUAAAGGUGAUAAGGGAAAUCCUGGACCUCGAGGAAGAGAUGGCGAGCCUGGCACCCCCGGAAACCCUGGCCCGCCCGGCCCACCUGGACCACCAGGACUUGGAGGGAACUUUGCUGCUCAGAUGGCUCAGGGUUUUGAUGAGAAGGCUGGAGGCGCUCAGAUGGGUGUGAUGCAGGGACCAAUGGGUCCUAUGGGUCCUCGAGGUCCUCCUGGGCCCUCUGGAGCUCCUGGGCCACAAGGUUUCCAAGGAUCCCCUGGAGAGACUGGAGAACCCGGAUCAGCUGGACCAAUGGGACCUCAUGGACCACCUGGACCUUCGGGGAAACCAGGAAGUGAUGGUGAAUCUGGCAAACCUGGCAAACCCGGUGAGCGUGGACCUGCAGGGCCUCAGGGAGCUCGUGGAUUCCCUGGAACUCCUGGACUUCCUGGCAUUAAAGGACACAGAGGUCAUCCAGGUCUGGAUGGAGCUAAGGGAGAGAAUGGUGCUGCAGGAGCUAAGGGUGAGGCUGGUUCUCCUGGAGAGAAUGGUGCCCCUGGACCCAUGGGUCCACGUGGUCUACCUGGUGAGAGAGGGCGUCCUGGAGCUGCUGGAGCUGCAGGAGCCCGUGGAAAUGAUGGCUUGCCUGGUCCUGCCGGUCCACCUGGACCAGUAGGUCCUGCUGGAGCCCCCGGCUUCCCAGGAUCCCCAGGAUCAAAGGGAGAAGCUGGUCCUACUGGUGCCCGUGGACCUGAAGGAGCCCAGGGGCAACGCGGAGAGGCUGGUACCCCAGGUUCUCCCGGACCUGCUGGAGCAUCGGGUAACCCCGGUACUGAUGGUAUUCCUGGAGCUAAAGGAUCUGCUGGUGCUCCUGGUAUUGCUGGUGCUCCUGGAUUCCCCGGCCCCCGUGGCCCACCUGGACCUCAGGGAGCAACAGGACCUCUGGGGCCCAAAGGACAGUCUGGAGACCCUGGUCUUCCUGGAUUCAAAGGUGAAGCUGGACCGAAGGGAGAGCUUGGCCCUGUUGGUCCUCAAGGUCCCCCUGGCCUGCCAGGAGAAGAAGGAAAGAGAGGUGCCAGGGGAGAGCCUGGAGCUGCUGGACCAAAUGGACCUCCAGGAGAGAGAGGAGCUCCCGGUAACCGUGGUUUCCCUGGUCAGGAUGGUCUUGCUGGUGCUAAGGGUGUCCCUGGAGACCGUGGUCUUCCUGGUGCUACUGGACCUAAAGGUGCUACUGGGGAACCUGGACGCACGGGAGAGUCUGGUCUCCCUGGAGCCAGAGGUCUUACUGGUCGUCCUGGAGAUGCUGGUCCUCAAGGCAAAGUUGGACCUGCUGGUGCCCCUGGUGAUGAUGGACGCCCUGGCCCACCUGGUCCUCAGGGAGCCCGUGGACAGCCAGGAGUGAUGGGAUUCCCUGGACCAAAGGGAGCCAAUGGUGAGCCUGGAAAGCCAGGAGAGAAGGGACUUCUGGGUCGUCCUGGUGUGAGAGGCCUGCCUGGAAAAGAUGGAGAGACUGGUCCUUCUGGACCUCCUGGUUCUGCUGGACCUGCUGGAGAAAGGGGAGAACAAGGACCACCUGGACCCCCUGGCUUCCAGGGUCUACCUGGACCAUCUGGUGCCCCAGGAGAGUCUGGAAAAUCUGGAGAGGCGGGUGUUCCUGGAGAGGCUGGAGCUCCUGGUGCUGUUGGACCCAGAGGCGAACGUGGUUUCCCUGGCGAGAGAGGUGGUGCAGGACCCCAGGGUCUUCAGGGACCUCGUGGACUUGCUGGAACACCAGGCAGUGAUGGACCUAAGGGAGCCAUUGGACCAGCUGGUCCUUCUGGAGCCCAGGGACCCCCAGGCCUGCAAGGUAUGCCAGGAGAGAGAGGAACUGCUGGUAUCCCAGGAUCCAAGGGAGACAGAGGCGACAAUGGUGCAAAAGGACCCGAGGGUGCUCCUGGAAAGGAUGGUGCUAGAGGUUUGGGUGGUCCUAUUGGUCCUCCUGGCCCAGCCGGACCCAACGGUGCCAAGGGUGAGACGGGACCUACUGGCCCUACUGGUGUUUCUGGUGCUCGUGGUGCUCCUGGAGACCGUGGUGAGGUUGGUCCUCCUGGGCCUGCUGGGUUUGCUGGACCUCCUGGUGCAGAUGGUCAGCCUGGUGCCAAGGGAGAGGUUGGUGAGCGUGGACUAAAAGGAGAGGCUGGUUCUCUUGGACCUCAGGGACCAUCUGGAGCUCCUGGACCUGUGGGACCUACUGGUGUAUCUGGACCUAAAGGAGCACGUGGUGCGCAAGGAGCUCCUGGUUCCACAGGUUUCCCCGGUGCCGCUGGCAGAGUUGGACCUCCUGGUCCUAAUGGUAACCCCGGCCCUGUUGGUCCCGCCGGCCCCGCUGGUAAAGAUGGUCCAAAGGGUGUCCGUGGUGAUGCUGGCCUCCCAGGACGACCAGGAGAUGCGGGACUUCGUGGACUGCCAGGCCCACAGGGAGAGAAAGGAGAGCCUGGAGAAGAGGGGCAACCUGGUGCUGAAGGGCCUUCAGGCCCUCAAGGUUUGGCUGGAUCCCGUGGUAUUGUCGGUUUGCCUGGUCAGCGUGGAGAGAGAGGGUUCCCUGGUCUUCUUGGACCUGCUGGAGAGCCUGGUAAACAGGGAGGUCCUGGUUCUGCUGGUGACCGUGGACCGCCUGGACCAGUUGGGCCUCCUGGACUUACUGGACCUGCUGGAGAGCCUGGCAGAGAGGGUACCCCUGGAUCAGAUGGACCCCCUGGUAGGGAUGGAGCUUCUGGAGUCAAGGGAGAGCGAGGUAACACUGGUCCUGCUGGUGCUCCCGGUGCUCCCGGUCCCCCUGGUCCCCAUGGCCCUGUAGGACCCCUGGGCAAGCAGGGAGACAGAGGAGAGGCUGGCACUCAAGGACCUGCUGGACCCCCAGGACCAGCUGGGGCUAGAGGAAUGGCUGGGCCCCAAGGACCACGUGGAGACAAAGGAGAGGCUGGCGAGGCUGGAGAGAGGGGACAGAAGGGUCACCGUGGCUUUACUGGUCUGCAGGGUCUUCCUGGACCCCCUGGUUCCCCUGGAGAUUCUGGAGCUGCUGGACCUGCAGGCCCAAGUGGUGCUAAGGGACCCCCUGGACCAGCCGGACCUGCUGGCAAAGAUGGAAAUAAUGGACAGCCUGGCCCCAUUGGACCUCCUGGACCUCGUGGACGCUCUGGAGAAUCUGGUCCUGUUGGUCCUCCUGGUAACCCCGGACCUCCUGGUCCUCCCGGUCCACCUGGCCCUGGCAUCGACAUGUCUGCAUUUGCUGGCCUGGGUCAGGUUGAGAAGGGCCCUGAUCCUCUCAGGUACAUGAGGGCUGAUGAGGCCUCCAGCUCUCUGAGGCAGCACGACAUAGAGGUUGAUUCAACACUGAAGUCCAUCACCAACCAGAUUGAGAACCUGCGCAGCCCUGAUGGCUCCCAGAAGAAUCCUGCUCGCACCUGCAGAGACCUCAAACUGUGCCAUCCUGAGUGGAAAAGCGGUGAGUACUGGGUUGAUCCAAACAUUGGCAGCACAGCUGAUGCCAUUAAGGUCUUCUGUAACAUGGACACUGGAGAGACCUGUGUCUACCCAAUCAUCGCCAAGGUACCAAAGAAGAACUGGUGGACAAGCAAUAGCAAGAGCCGCAAACACAUCUGGUUUGGAGAGACCAUGAGAGGAGGAUUGCAUUUCAGUUAUGCUCAGGACGGCCCUGCUGCCAACAUCCAGCUGACCUUCUUGAGGCUUCUGUCCACUGAAGCAUCGCAGAACCUCACUUACCACUGCAAGAACAGCAUUGCCUACAUGGACCAGGCCACCGGGAACCUGAAGAAGGCUCUGCUGCUACAGGGCCACAACGAGGUGGAGAUCCGUGCAGAGGGCAACAGUCGCUUCACUUACGCAGUACUGGAGGAUGGCUGCAAGAGUCAUACGGGCCAGUGGGGCAAGACUGUCUUUGAGUACAAAACACAGAAAACCUCCCGUCUGCCAAUCACAGACAUUGCUCCUUUGGACAUCGGAGGAGCGGACCAGGAGUUCGGAGUGGAUGUAGGCGCAGUCUGCUUCUCGUAAAGUGGAGUUUCACAACGGCCCCCCAAAACACAGGAAAUAAACUCAACCAUGAAACAUUAAACACGUCCACAAUAAAGAAGACUGGAAAUUAUAAAAUAAAAUUGAUCUCUUUUUUUUCUUUCUCACAACGAAGUGCUCUCCAAGUUGUACUCCCUGGAUGUUAGCACUGAAGGGCACAGGCAAUAUCUGUACACCACACCAGCACUCUCUGUCAACCCGCUUCCUGAGAUCCAGUCAUGUUUCCCAUGGCCCGCCGUUGACAGAAAUGAGUCCGAGCCAGGAGGUAGAGGAACCAAAUGAACAAGUUAUGAACAGAAACAUGGCUUGAUGUCACUUAUUUAUUGUUUAAUCUGAAUAGGAAGAGUUGAGGUAGGACUGGACUGGUUCACUUUGUAAGUAAGUCAAGCCCCCUUUUCCACUACAACCUCUGUCGCAGUCCUACUCCACCUCCCUUCCUGUUUCUCUCCUGAUACACAAAUAUGGCAUUUGAAUCAGUGUAGACCAAAAACUAAUAAUCUCAGUAGGUGAAAGUGUGAGCUCCAGGUCCAUCCAUCGCGAGCAGGAGCAGAAGCUUUUACUCUGUAUUAUAAAUCCUUGGUUCUAUUGUUGUAAAAGUCUGUGUUUAUAAACAACCAGAUGGUUUUAUAUAUAUUUCCACAUUAUGUGUGUACAUGUGUCUAGAUGCACACCAACACUUUUUUGGAAAGUGAGGUUACAUUUGGGAUGUAUGCUUCCAGUGUCCUGUACCCCUUGACUGCCCAUCAGACGAAGGCCCAGUUUGUAUCCCCACCAAAAAAAGAAAUUUGUUUUGAAGAAGAAGAAUUUGUUUUGCUUUUUUUUCUUAUUGUAGUCAUCCAGAUUGUUCAAAGCUACCUCACACUGAGAAACAAAGUGAAAAUGUUGAAUUUAAAUCUGAGCUGACCAAACUAUUAGCUUUCAGAUGGAUCUGGAGCUUCAAUAACCAUCUUUGCUUUAGGUUGCUCUGUAUUCAGAAGGUGCUAUGACUUCUGCAAAUCACCAGUCAUGUCCCUGACCCCCCACCCACUUAUCCCCACUAGCCUCACACCACACACUCACACUCCACCCUGGAGGAAGGGGUGCAGUCAGGUUAAGGCAGGAGAGCUCGGAGGCCUCCUGUGACGUGGAGCUGCGACAACAGUCCCUCAAAAUCAAACAGGGUGUGUUGUCUCUGUGUGUGUGAGGGUGUGUACAUUUUUUAAAUUAAUUUUAUAAUGAUCAUGAUCAUUCUUGUUUUUAUUUUGGUACACUUCUAAUUGAUGUAAAUUGAAAAAUAAAAGGAAAACCGAACUGAGGAUGAUGUUUAUUUUUAAUUGAGUUUUGAAUAAAAACACCAAUGGCG